UUGUGUAUUAUAUAUAAAAAAUAACAUAAUAACAUAAUUAUUAAGUUUUAAAAUACAGUCAUCAGAAGUAAGAAGACGAUCAUUCUCUCUCUACUCUCUCUCUCUCUCUUUCUGAUCUCAAGCUUCAUUUUCUCUCUUCGUUUAAGCUUCUAUGAGGGUUUCGGGAAUUUAGCUUGAAAUCAUCAUCAUUCUUAAUCAUCCCGACGCUUGACUUACUUAUUCUUUCUUGCUUCGACUGAUAGAAAUCAUCACCUUAAAAUGGCUGGAAGAGCUCAAAUUCCUACUAAAAGUUCUGCACUAAUUGCCAUGAUUGCUGAUGAGGAUACCAUUACUGGAUUUUUGCUAGCUGGAGUGGGCAAUGUUGAUUUGCGAAGAAAGACAAACUAUCUUAUUGUCGAUUCAAAAACCACAGUGAAAGCAAUUGAAGAUGCAUUCAAAGAGUUCACCACAAAGGAGGACGUCGCCAUUGUCUUAAUUAGCCAAUAUGUUGCAAACAUGAUAAGGUUCCUAGUGGACAGCUACAACACACCCAUCCCAGCCAUACUGGAGAUCCCAUCCAAGGAUCAUCCAUACGACCCUGCUCACGAUUCUGUUCUUUCUCGAGUCAAGUACCUCUUUUCUGCUGAAUCUGUGGCCUCGGAUAGACGUUGAGAAGUCCUCAGGCUGAUAGUUUGUUAUCUACUUCGGCUCAUGUUACCUACCCUUUGUAUUUUAUGCGUAUGAAGUGAGUUGCUUCUCUGCAUCUAUUAUCAGAUUCUUUUUGUGCCUAUUUUUUAGUAGUUACCUUGAUUUUUAUAAGAAUAAUAAAUCAUGACAUAAAAGGACAUGAUCAUCAUUGAGCUAGUUGGCUUGAUUUUUAUGAAUUUCCCAAUUUGGCCUUGUUUUA